AUGGGUAAGGAAGAGAAGGCUCACAUCAACGUCGUCGUUAUCGGCCACGUCGAUUCCGGCAAGUCGACCACCACUGGUCACUUGAUCUACCAGUGCGGUGGUAUCGACAAGCGUACCAUCGAGAAGUUCGAGAAGGAGGCUGCCGAGCUCGGCAAGGGUUCCUUCAAGUACGCGUGGGUUCUUGACAAGCUCAAGGCCGAGCGUGAGCGUGGUAUCACCAUCGACAUUGCCCUCUGGAAGUUCGAGACUCCCAAGUACUAUGUCACCGUCAUUGACGCUCCCGGUCACCGUGACUUCAUCAAGAACAUGAUCACUGGUACUUCCCAGGCCGACUGCGCCAUUCUCAUCAUUGCUGCCGGCACUGGUGAGUUCGAGGCUGGUAUCUCCAAGGAUGGCCAGACUCGUGAGCACGCUCUGCUCGCCUACACCCUUGGUGUCAAGCAGCUCAUCGUUGCCAUCAACAAGAUGGACACCACCAAGUGGUCCGAGGCCCGUUACGAGGAAAUCAUCAAGGAGACCUCCAACUUCAUCAAGAAGGUCGGCUACAACCCCAAGACCGUUGCCUUCGUCCCCAUCUCCGGUUUCCACGGCGACAACAUGCUUGCCCCCACCACCAACGCUCCUUGGUACAAGGGUUGGGAGAAGGAGACCAAGGCCGGCAAGACCACCGGCAAGACCCUGCUUGAGGCCAUCGACUCCAUCGAGCAGCCCAAGCGCCCGACAGACAAGCCCCUCCGUCUUCCCCUCCAGGAUGUCUACAAGAUCGGUGGUAUUGGCACAGUGCCCGUCGGCCGUAUCGAGACUGGUGUCCUCAAGCCCGGUAUGGUCGUUACCUUCGCUCCCUCCAACGUCACCACUGAAGUCAAGUCCGUCGAGAUGCACCACGAGCAGCUCACUGAGGGUCUUCCCGGUGACAACGUUGGUUUCAACGUGAAGAACGUCUCCGUCAAGGACAUUCGCCGUGGCAACGUCGCCGGUGACUCCAAGAACGACCCCCCUGCCGGCGCUGCUUCCUUCAACGCCCAGGUCAUCGUCCUUAACCACCCCGGUCAGGUCGGUGCUGGCUACGCCCCCGUCCUCGACUGCCACACUGCCCACAUUGCCUGCAAGUUCUCCGAGAUCCUCGAGAAGAUUGACCGCCGUACCGGAAAGUCCGUUGAGAACAACCCCAAGUUCAUCAAGUCUGGUGACGCCGCCAUCGUCAAGAUGGUUCCCUCCAAGCCCAUGUGUGUUGAGGCUUUCACCGACUACCCCCCUCUGGGACGUUUCGCCGUCCGUGACAUGCGUCAGACCGUCGCUGUCGGUGUCAUCAAGUCCGUUGACAAGUCCGCUGCCACCGGUGGCAAGGUCACCAAGUCCGCUGCCAAGGCUUCCAAGAAAUAA